GCAUAUAUAAACAAAGAAAUAUUAUCCGACUUGCCAUUCUUGCCCAUUGCCCCACUCCCCGAGUUCUACCGGCGGCCGGCGGCAGAGCCUCCUUCCAAUGUCUAAGACCGUUUCGGCAGAUUCCUCAAUCUCCAAACCUCAAAUCGCCAUUUUUUUGUUGCUGUGGAAACUUUUGUAAGCUCCACCUGGUGACAGUUCAGGCUUGACCUAGUAAAUCUACUUGCAGAAGCAGUAUUGUGGAGCAUAGAAGUAGAAAUCUAGUGACUUCCUACAGCUCAACAUGCCGAAAGAUAGAAUGGUGAACUCUUCGUCCUUCAACGGGGCAAGGGUAUCUCCUUAUGAUUGCGGCUCAAAGAAUACUGAUCUACCACCAGUAGAGAAUGAAAGAGAAUGGGAAGAAGCUAGGUGCGCUAUAUGUAUGGAGCAUCCACACAAUGCUGUCCUUCUACUUUGCUCAUCCGGGGAAAAGGGUUGCCUGCCUUAUAUGUGUGACACAAGUUACCGUCAUUCAAAUUGUCUCGAUCAAUUUUGUAAACUAUCAUCUGGAACACAAUCAGAAGUUCCACAAGAGCGAAGUACUCUAUCGGGGUCGAUGCUCCACAGGGGAAAUCAGGUACAACCUUCAGCCAGAACAACCUGGUCUGCUGGGGGACAGCAACCAGAGCUUGUCUGCCCUCUUUGCCGGGGACAGAUUAAAGGAUGGAUUGUCGUAGAGGCAGCUCGUAAAUUCAUGAAUUCCAAACACAGGAGUUGUUCCUUGGAGACAUGCAAUUUUAAUGGCAAUUAUGGAGAACUAAGAAAGCAUGCCAGGCUUGAGCAUCCCUCAGACAGGCCAGCCGAGGCUGACCCUCAAAGACUGUCUGAUUGGAGAAGGUUGGAGAUUCAAAGAGAUGUUGGGGAUACUCUCAGUGCAUAUGAGACGCCAGUAGGUGAUCUCGUUCCUCCCGAUGAGUUCUUUGAGAUGCCUGCUGGUAUGUUUGACUUCCUAGAUGAUGUGUACUCUGAGUCUGAGGAUGGAUUUAGUCCAGACAUCAACUCGUUAUUGGAUUUGGAAUUUGAGUUCUCCUUUCUGAAUGACCUCCCAUAUGUGACUUGGUCAUAUGACGAGAUGAUGAUGCUGUUGGACUGAGUGCUAGUCGAUCACAACUAGUGCUAGAUCCGAAAGCAGGAGAGCUAGUAGGUAAGCUCCAUCAGAUAAUCACGGGGGAAAGACCAGGAACCUGGAGGAGACACAACAGGUCAUCAAGGCGCAUGCCAAGAUCCUUCGGGCAUUAAACCAUUGAAUUAAUGCUUGAUUCCUUUCAGGUUGAAGUUCUUUGGUUUUCAGGUAUCUUGUCAUCACUGAAUGGAGGAAUUUCAUGUCAGAAUUCCUGUUAUUUGUACUCUCAAAUGAACAUCGCCGUUGUCGUUCUUUUCCAUUCUUACUUU